AUGGCUACAGUCCAGGAAUAUCGCCUUAAAGUUGAUAACGAGGAACUCAAGAACGGCCAAAAGAAAGAGGCAGAGGUUGAGGGGAUCGAAGGAGCCAAGGUUGUGCUUCUUAAGGUCAAUAACCAGCUACGAGCUCUGGGCCCCAAGUGUACCCAUUAUGGCGCUCCAUUAAUCAAAGGCGUUAUAGCCGGCGAUGGCCGUAUAACCUGUCCCUGGCAUGGUGCCUGCUUCAAUACGUCUACAGGCGAUAUCGAAAAUGCUCCAGCUCUCGACCACCUUGCCUCAUUCCCUGUUUCUGUCAAGAACGGCUCAGUAUAUAUCACCGGUACUGAAGCCCUCAUAAAGGCUGGUCGUCGUAAGCCAGAUAUCGCCUGUAAACCAGUGACUACUGCUGGCUCCGAAAGUGUCUUGAUAGUUGGUGGCGGAUCUGGCGCGAUCGGGGCGAUUGAAAGUCUUCGUGAAAAGGGCUUUAAGGGCCGCAUUACUGUUCUUUCGAAAGAGGCUUAUUUACCAAUCGAUAGGACGAAACUUAGCAAGGCAUUGAUUUCAGAUGCAAAGAAGGUUGAAUGGAGAGAUCAGGCCCACUUUAGUGAGGCUGGAGUCGACUUUCACCUUGGUGUUGAAGUAGCCAGCGUGGACUUUAAGGCACAUAAACUUCACACGAAAGAUGGUGGAGAGUGGAGCUAUGGUAAAGUUCUGUUUGCGACUGGAGGAACACCAAAGAACUUGCCUAUGGAUGGCUUCAAAGAAUUGGGUAACAUAUUUUCCUUGCGAGGAUUGAGUGAUGUAGAAGCUAUCAAUAAAGCUGUUGGCGAGAACAAAGGGCGGAAAGUUGUUGUUGUGGGAACAGGGAUGGAAGUAUCCAAGUGUCUCGUAGGAAAAGGUCACGACCUGACUGUCAUAGGCAUGGAGGAAUACCCAUUAGAACGUGUAAUGGGCGCGCAGCUUGGAAAAAUUUUCCAGCGUCAACUCGAAGAAGCAGGUGUCAAAUUCAAGAUGUCUGCCAGUGUCGAGUCCGCAGUUCCCUCAUCAUCAGACUCUAGUAAAGUGGGGUAUAUUGCCCUCAAGGGCGGCGAGAAGAUUGAAGCCGAUCUUGUCAUUUUGGGGAUUGGUGUUGCGCCGGCAACCGAGUAUCUAAAGAACAGUGGCGUGAAGCUUGAGGAGGAUGGAAGUGUCCUCGUCGAUGAGUAUUUCAAGAUUAAGGGUGUUGAGGAUGCCUACGCUGUUGGCGAUAUUGCAACUUAUCCUUACCAUGGCCCCGGAUCCGACUCCUCUACAACUGUCCGCGUAGAACACUGGAAUGUCGCGCAAAACGCCGGACGCCAAGCUGCACUUCACAUUGCUACAUCUGAGAAGCCGGUUCACUUCAUACCCGUUUUCUGGUCUGCACUCGGUGCACAGCUCCGCUAUUGUGGCGCCACACCGAACGGAUUUGACGACGUAGUUGUGAAGGGAAAUCAGGAUAAAUAUUCCUUUGCUGCAUACUACACGCUUGGAGAAGCCGUUGUUGCGGUGGCGACAAUGCAGAUGGAUCCAGUUGCUAUGCAGUGCGCGGAGCUGAUGAGAAGGGGGAUGAUGCCGGGGAAAAAGGAUAUUAUUGGUGGUGCGGAUGUGUUACAGGUGGAAGUCCCGUCCGAGGUUACAAUUUAA